AGUGGCGAGCGCCGAGCUGCAAAGCAGACAGAAAUUUAAAGUGCCAUAGAUUCCUUGCUCCUAUAUUGAAGCGGGGAACCAGCUCUUCAUGAAACCCUAUCAUCAAAAGGCAAGGGCAAGAGCUGCAGAGGAGGGAAUCUUUGUGCAUGUUUGCGUAUAAAAUCUUUAAAGCGCAAUCCAGGCCUACGUUACUCCGCCACGUCCCACAGCGCUGCUCCAAGAUUUUGUUCUCUGCGCAAUUCCCAUCCCUCGAUCGCAUCCCCCCAUCACCCUUUCUUGUUCCCCACCUCCAGCACCACCAUAUAUAUACCUGCCCCAACUAACAGGAAAAACCAACUCCCGGAAAUGGCGGCAACCAAGUUUGUGCUGGCAUUCGCUAUAUGCCGGUUAAUCGUGACCGUAGGAUUCACGGUGGUGCCCGUGGAACUCCUCCGUCUCGGAAUCGAAGGCCGGCUGAGCGUGGAGACGUCCGACGUGGAAAAGGCGUCUGCAGAUUUCGGAAUGCUGACGAGAGCGGUGCCCCUGGCAGUCAUGGAGCCGGGGUCGGCGGAGGACGUGGCGCGGCUCGUGGAGGCGGCUUACGAGUCGGCGCAGGGGUUCACGGUGUCGGCUCGUGGACACGGGCACUCGAUAAACGGGCAGGCUCAGGCGAGAAAGGGGGUGGUGGUAGAGAUGAGCAGUAGGAAGAGAAUGAUGAGAGUGUGGGAGAAGGGAAGGUACGUGGACGUGUGGGGAGGGGAAUUGUGGAUAGAUGUGUUGAAGGCUACUCUGGAGUAUGGGUUGGCACCAAAGUCGUGGACUGAUUAUCUGUAUUUGUCUGUGGGCGGAACCCUAUCCAACGCCGGCAUUAGUGGCCAGACCUUCAAUCAUGGCCCUCAGAUUAGCAAUGUCUAUGAGCUCGACGUCGUUACCGGUAAAGGUGAGCUGUUGACUUGUUCAGAAGAGCGCAAUACGGAGUUGUUUCAUGCCGUUCUCGGAGGUCUUGGACAAUUUGGCAUCAUCACAAGAGCUAGAAUUGCUCUUGAGCCAGCUCCGCACAGGGUUCGUUGGAUACGAGUCCUGUACUCCAAUUUCUCAGCCUUCACCAAAGACCAAGAGUUUCUAAUCUCGCUGCAUGAGAAGCCAUCAAAGGAGAGAUUCGACUACGUGGAAGGAUUUGUGAUCGUAGAUGAAGGACUGAUCAAUAACUGGAGGUCCUCUUUCUUUUCACCAAGUAACCCGGUGAAAAUAGAAUCCCUCAAAUCGGACGAGGGUGUCUUGUACUGCUUGGAGAUUACCAAAAAUUACCAGCAUGAGGAUGCUGAUAUUAUUGAUCAGGAAAUAGAGGCGAUGCUUGAAGAGUUAGAUUUCAUACCGAAAACGGUGUUCACAACAGACCUGCCAUACGUGGAUUUUCUAGACCGAGUGCACCGGGCGGAGGUGAAGAUGAGAUCCAAGGGUUUGUGGGAAGUGCCGCAUCCGUGGCUGAACUUUUUUGUUCCGAGAUCAAGGAUCGCGGAUUUCGACAAGGGCGUGUUCAGGGGCAUUCUGGGAAAUAAGACCAGUGGGCCCAUCCUCGUCUACCCCAUGAACAAGAACAAGUGGGACCAGCGGAGCUCGGUGGUGACGCCAGAGGAGGAGGUCUUUUACCUGGUGGCAUUUCUGAGAUCAGCUGUGGACCGCCAGGCGCUGCGCAUGCUGAGCGAUCAGAACCGCCAGAUUCUGAGCUUCUGCCGUGACGCCAGCAUCGAGGUGAAACAGUACCUGCCCCAUUACGCCACCCAGGAGGAGUGGAGGGACCACUUUGGCGAUAAGUGGGCCCGCUUUUCUCACCUGAAGGCGCUGUACGACCCCCGGCGCAUCUUAGCCUCAGGCCAGCGCAUUUUCAAGCCCCUCACCGCCGCUACCUCCGAUAUGUGAAUACAAAACGACAAGAUUGGAGGGUGACGGCAAGGCCAAAUUAUACGUCGUUUUGCAUGGCCUUGUAGAGUGCCCGUUUCACUCUUUACCUAUUCUAGAUUCUAGUUGCUACUUGCCUUGCUUCUCAGCUCCUUGUACAUAUUACGA